AGUAGGUGGUCCCUUCCGCACAUUUCACUCUCUACAGCAAAUGGUAUCUUCCCAUUUGCUAGAAAGACGGCUAGGUUUUCCCCGCCUACUCUCGACUCUUCAGCCCGUGCCGGGUGCGCUGCCUAGGAGUCAGCGGCCGAGCGGGAAACGCCGGACGAGCCCACUGUGCGCCCGUCGUGGGGGAAGCGAGGUUGCCGAUUCCGCCUCCCUCCUAAGUGAAGGUUUCCGUCCCUGGAGAGGAGGCGGCGCCCUGUAUCGGCCUUCGUCCUCCGCGGGUGUGCGAGCGUUGGGACGGUCCUUUGUUGCUUCGAAGGGUAGGAGUGGGCGUGGCGGAGCCAGCUGGGUCCCGGAACACUCCCGGAUCGACCCCACUCGCUCAUCCUGCAGGAGCUGCGGCGCCAAGAUGAGCGGAGAGGAGAACCCAGCCAGCAAGCCCACGCCGAUGCAGGACGUGCAGGGCGACGGGCGCUGGAUGUCCCUGCACCAUCGCUUCGUCGCUGACAGCAAAGAUAAGGAACCCGAAGUCGUCUUCAUCGGGGACUCCUUGGUCCAGCUAAUGCACCAGUGCGAGAUCUGGCGGGAGCUCUUCUCUCCUCUGCAUGCACUUAACUUUGGCAUCGGUGGCGACAGCACACAGCAUGUACUGUGGCGACUGGAGAAUGGGGAGCUGGAACACAUCCGGCCCAAGAUUGUGGUGGUCUGGGUGGGCACCAACAACCACGGACACACAGCAGAGCAGGUGACUGGUGGCAUCAAGGCCAUUGUGCAGCUGGUGAAUGAGCGGCAGCCACAGGCCCGGGUCGUGGUGCUGGGCCUGCUUCCACGAGGCCAGCAUCCCAACCCACUUCGGGAGAAGAACCGACGGGUGAAUGAGCUGGUACGGGCAGCACUGGCUGGCCACCCUCGGGCCCACUUCUUAGAUGCUGACCCUGGCUUUGUGCACUCAGAUGGUACCAUCAGCCACCAUGACAUGUAUGAUUACCUGCAUCUCAGCCGCCUGGGCUACACACCUGUCUGCCGGACCCUGCACUCCCUGCUUCUGCGUCUGCUGGCCCAAGACCAGGGCCAAGGUGCUCCCCUGCCAGAGCCCGCACCGUAAGCAUCCUGCUGCCUUCCCACAUUAAACUCUCCUUCCUCGGU